AUUCUUUCAAUGUUGACACUUAUAAUAACACCCUGAUAUUUGAAAAUGCACCACUUUUCUAUGCAGCAGUUUUUUCACCUGAGUGCAACUUUUAUUAUCGUGGGCUCUGAAAAGCGCGGGAUGUAAAUGGAGUUGAUUUUUCAUGAAAAGCAAGAAGGCUCUUUAUGCGCUCAGCAUUGUCUAAAUGCACUUCUACAAGGUCCCUAUUUUACAGCUGUAGACCUAGCUAACAUCGCUAGCCAGUUAGACGAACAAGAAGUGUCAGAACUUGGCAACAAUCGUAGUUCGCUGCAGCGAUUUCAGAACAUGGAUGAAACGGGCUACUUCUCAGUACAGGUAGGUAUCUUGAGCACGGUAGUCUUCUUGCAUUCAUACGAGAGUCCUGCUUCUUAAUGAAGAUAAGUUCAGGUUAACGUGAACCUUUGGGUUUUUCGAGGAGAAUGUUUGGGCGCAGUUUGAAAAAUUUGGAGUUUUUGGGGAAGUUUUUUGACAAUUUCGGGCGCGACGAUGUAUUUUCGGUAGUAAUCUCGAAGUUUAAUUGCCGUAUUUUACCGAAAAAUUUCAAAGUUAUUAGCAAGGCCCUGCAAAUAUGGUCUCUCGAACUUGUACCAUUUUUGAGACAAUGUCCAGAAGCAGAAUACGCUCGCGAAAAUCCGGCUGAUCAAAACGCCUUUAUUUGUCAUUACCAACAUCACUGGUUUACAAUAAGAAAAAUUGGAAAACAGUGGUUCAAUCUAAACUCAAUUCUUCCGGCACCCAAACUGAUUUCUGCAACUUACUUGGCUAUUUAUUUAGCUCAGCUUAAAGAAGAAGGAAACUCAAUCUUUUUUGUCACCGGUACCUUACCUCAGUGUGAAGCUGAUCAAGUACUAUCUAUUUGUCCUGUUCCUGAAAAUGCUGUAAGCAGCUCCUCCGCAUCUAAUCGACGCAAUACAGGUCAAAAUGAUCUGGAGACAGAAGUCGACCUUGCCUUGGCUAUCAGUGAAGCAGAUGUUGAUGAUGAAGAUGAAACACUUAAACGGGUUUUACAAUCAUCUACGGAUGAUGACGUAGAAUUACAACAUGCCUUGCAAAUUUCAGCGGAAGAGUAUAAAGAUACGUCUGAUAUGGAGCUACGUGAAGCAAUUGCCUUAAGUUUGACUUCUGAUAAAUCUAACUCAGGAGACCAGCAUGCUGCUCAAGUCGACACUAGUCCUGCGAACAGAAUAUCAGCUGAAGAAAUUCGUAGGAAUAGACAAGUUUUUCUAGCCAGAUUUUCUUCCAGUUGUAAAAAAUAAAUAGCACUAAUGCUCCUUCUUAAAAUGCUUUUGUGAUAUUUUGAUAAAAAAUUAUGAUCUCCUACAUGUCUUUUAGAUUACAUUAUGUAAAAUGAAACACAGGUAUUUUAACCAUUCCAAUAGACGGUACCCAGUUACACCUGUACACAUUUAAAUAACAGAAUAAAAUUGUUUAUAUUUUUGAA